GAGAGCAACAAUCUCCCAAUUUGUCCACAAAAAGUACAGGCAAUAGUGAACCAUUCUGUUUCCAAACUUCGUUUUCAUACUGACGAGUUUCUCAAACGUAGUUUUGUCGAUUAUAGCGCGCACGCAAAUCUGCUUUCAAUUAAUUUUUCUCUUAUUCAGUUUUCCGAGGGAAUCAGUUUAAAAGGUGGUCAAACAGAUCCUUAAGAAGACACAGGUUAGAAAAACAAGAAAUUGAAUAUCUUUAAUGGCUGGUUUGCGCCCGCUGGUAUCUGCCUCGUCUCCAGGCUCCCCACUGGUUGGAGCGCGGUGCGCGUGGAAUUGCGGGAAUGUUGCGCUUUCAUCCAGAAUGCUCCGCGUUUCGUUGCCUAACAAUCAAGUCCAAAGCUCCCAAGUUCCCAUUCCUUAACAAAGGGGGGACCAGAAAACGCUUGCAUUGCGUAGUAGAAACAACAAGACUUUUGGUAACUUGUCGGGGGCUGUGAAACUAUAAACAUCUUGCGUUGAUCGCUUCCGAGCAAAGUUGAUCAAGUUGAGGAAAGGAAAACGCCAAUCACCGCUUGUGCACGUAGAAAAAAGGCUUGUGUUUCCUUGCGACUUCAUUUGGCUUAAGUUAUUUCACACGAAGGGGAUCGCAUCACCUCGGUGUUAUUAAGUGAGGCCCUGCGUGGGCAAUAUAGUAGUUACAGUUGACUUAUUUUCAGUUUUGAGAGAGAAAAAGAGCCUAUUUUUUUCCUCCAUGUAAAAUCUUCCUUGAUGCUUCAUUAUUAUUUUUUUUUUCUUAUUUCUUUUCGCGUAAACUUUUAACCAUCGCAUGCGUCACUGUAAGAAUAUCAAACAAACAAUACAAUGUUAAUUUUACUGACGCGCGCAUCUCACGAAAUCUACACGUACGACCCCACCUCAAAAUUUCAGGAAUUGGAAACUGACUCUCAUUAAACUUUCUUGCAAAAUAAAAUAUAUAUCCGCAGGACAGAUGCUUCUCAAACUAAGGAAAUAUGAAAUUCGCCUUUUUCAAAAAUAGUCCAAAUUCUGUCAUGCAGACGGAUUGACACCCGAUAUCAGGAGAUUCUCUUAAAAAAAUGACGGAUUGUCCUCGACCAAUUACACCGCGUAAAUAGCACUUUAAGCAGGUACCGUUAGAAAAAUGCACCAAUAUUGACACACAGCUACCCGGGUUAUGCCUGUGGCUUUUCCUUGUGACAGAACGUAAAUUGUUGACCUGCAUUUAAAGUCCUCAGCUCUUCAGCAGCCUUUCUGGUAAAAUUAGGAACGGAAGAGUUGUGGUUGAUUGAAAACAACAUUCAGAGCUGGUCUCAAGCUUCUAUUUUGCGCGUCAAAUUGGAGCAGAUGUUACAUUCGAAAUAAACCGUCACUCUUUUGUGAAAUUUUACAUUUUAAUUUGAAUUUGUCGUAAGAUCUCGUGACAUAUUACGCACACAAGAUAUGAAGCGCAGCGAAGCUUAAACAAUUUAUGUAUAAAUAGCGAGGAAGCAUAAAGAACAAGAAAGGUCACACACCAUUACACUGUUUAAGAAAAAAUAUUUUUGGGGCCUGGCUACUUAGAAAGCGAUUCAUCAGUGGAAACGACACUUGGAAACAAACCGAGAACCUCUGUUCGCUAAAAGGUGAAAGCUAAAAGAUCCUUCCAGACAACUACAAAACAUUAUCAUAACGGUGAGAGUAAAACGCACAAAGUGAAGUAAAACAGUGUCUUCACAGCUUGUUACAUUAAAAGUAUAUUGCACCAGAGUUUUUUAAAUUAAACGUCCGAGAGUAUGGAGGACAUUAAACAAAGAUCUUUUCAACCGCCAGCUCUCCAUGGCUGCGACCUCUCGAAACGACGCGUCCUGGCUCCAAACAGGCUGGGAACAAAAUAAGGGUCGUUCUAGUCAGAUGAGGCACUAUCGCGCCCCUGCACCACGCCAAAAAGGGGCCAGUAGAAAUUCACUUCUGCAAUGCAACAAAAUGUCAGUUAAAACCAAACAAGUGGACGAUAGAGCCCGACAAAUACGCUUUAAAUACGGGAAGAAUAACUUGGAGAGGGAACUGAAUAAAAAGAACGGCACAGACUUGACACCAUUUGUCACCAAAGUUCAAAUACGAAAAAUUCAAGAAAGAAGUGCCGGGUUUAAUUCAGCGGGAAGAACUUCCCCCAGAAGGAGAAACGAAAGUGAAAAAGUCCACACCUCCCUUAUAAAAAACAGCGAGGAAAAUGGAAAAAUGAUUGAUUCUGCAAUACUUGGUGACAACAACGAUGAAGAGUCUUAUUCCAGUCUGGAAACUGUGGACGAAAAAGAUGAAACAUACGAAGAAUCCAUGUUACGUGAAGACAUAAUAGCGAUCCAAGUCAAUGAAAAGAAUCAAACGGACAAUUAUUUAUAUCCUGAAACAUCGGAAAACCAGCUUGAAAACGUCCAACAUCUUAUUAAAUACCUGACUCGCAGACUACGGGAUCCUUUCGAGGCAUCCCGAAAGCAGAUCCCGUCCCCUCGACCAAUAGCCGCUUAUGCUCGACCAACAAAGGGCGAAAUAGCUUUAAGCGUCAAAGGUCCAGUGCUCCUAGCACCCGUGACUAAAGUUGCUAUGACAACGUCACGGAGUCACAGUCCAGACAAGCCAAGUAGACUCGAAGCAAGAUCGUUACCCGAGUUUGCGGACUCAAGGGCUUUCAGAGCCCGCGCUCGCCCCAUUUCCUCGGUCAGCGACAGCGUUGUUGUGACAGGGAGGAAAAUGCACGGCCCCGCGCGAGUCACGUGGGCAGGACGCGAGCAUGCGCAGAAUGGCGUGUUCGACCAGAAGUACAAUCUUUGUUCCUCAUGCAAGAGUCACUAUGGUUCAGAUUCGGUGACGAAAAUGACACACGAACGCGCCAAAAGUGCAGUAUCAGGGGACGAUUGGCAAAGAAAAUGCCACGGUUGUCUUCCACAACUUAUUCGGCAAACUCCGACAAAACUCUACAGCAGAAAUGAAGGAAAUCGAAGUACUAGUCCUAAAAGAAGACAACAUUCGCACAAGGGAAUGGUAUCUCCUUUUGAACUUCAGGUUUAUCUUGCUGAACUGAAUUCUUAUGACUACGGGUCACCAGGGCCCCCGCCUUCGCUGUCUAACUCAGACGAUGAGAGCGCUUCAUAAUAUCAAUAGAUGAUAACCAAAAAUAACUUUGCGAGCGUAGCAAAAGCAGCAAAACGUCCUUGGAAAAGAUAAUUUUACACUGUUGGUAUCACUACGACCGCAAAAAUGAUGAUCAAAUACAAGAUAAAACCUGAGAGGUGACCUUACAAGACAGACUCUUGGACUAAACUGAGAGCGCGCUAGGUUUUAGUCUGCUCCAACAAAAACUCGAAAAUCACUUCAAGUGAGUUUCCACAGACAAUUUAAAUGCGUUACAAACACUCCAAAAUGCUGUUACAGCUUUACAACACCAGACGGAGUAUUUAAAUAUACGUACAGAUAUUUCCUCUCCGAACAAAUCAAACCCACCAGUUUGGUCUAUAAAUCGAGCCUUCACACUCCAAAGAAACGAAAACUAAGGACAUUCCACCUCAUAAAAUAAUA